UCUCUCUCCGUGAAAAUACAAUAACAGAAGCGAAAGAAUUUUCUUUUUGGUCUAUAUUCCUGAAUUACCUGGCUUCUCCUCAACAAUUCAACCUUCCUGGCCAUGACAUCUCUGCUUUCUCCUACUAGGGCUAAUGAAUUGUAAUUGUGGUGAAAAUAAGAGUCUUGCACAUUCUGAUUACUGAGUUCAAUUUCUCCUGCAUAUAGGCAGGUUGAUUCUCUUUGCCUGCAUAGUGACAUGGAAGAUACUCGAGAUGAAUAUGCUAAGCAAUCAUCUUCUUCAUCCCCUUGUGAAAUGGAAGAGAGUUUUGGAGAUCCAAUGGUGCUUCCUCGUGUAGGAGAUGAAUAUCAAGCAGAAAUUCCUCUUCUAAUUGCAGAAUAUGAUCAUUUACAGCUUAUAAAGAUAUCAAGAAAUUCAGAUAUGAUGGUAAAUAUUCACAAGUCUUUUCUACUGGGAUUACCCAUCCCACUUAUGUGGUCACAAACUGGAGUUGAAAACAUUAAUGGAACGGUAGAAUUGGAAAAUAGUGAGAGCCAGGUUACUUCUAACAAUGAAUUUCCAGAAGUUAAAGUUGAACCAUUGGACACAAUAUCAGGCUAUGGAAAAAUCUUAGGAGUUCAUUCAAACAUUCAACAGACUGCUGGAAAUGAUAACAUGGAACUGGACUCAGUCCUGCUGCAGGAAUCUGAAACUAAAACAGAUCUGGUAGAAAGAGGUUUCUGUCCUCUGCCUGGCUCAUUGUGUGAAUCAUGGACAGAUGUUGAAUGUGAUAGUUUUCUUCUUGGCCUGUACGUAUUUGGGAAGAAUCUUGUUGCUGUGAAGAAGUUUGUCAAUAGUAAAGAGAUGGGCGAUAUACUUGCUUUCUAUUACGGAAAGUUUUACAGGUCUGAUGGAUAUCGCAGGUGGUCAGAGUGUCGGAAACUAAGAAGUAGGCGAAGUAUCCAUGGACAAAAGAUAUUUACAGGGUGGAGGCAACAGGAACUAUUAUCUCGAUUACUUUCUCAUGUUUCACAGGAAUGUCAGAGUGUGUUGCUCGAGCUAUGUAGGACAUUUACAGAGGGGAAGAUUUCAUUUGAAGAAUACGUUUUCACCCUAAAAGGUGCAGUUGGCAUCAAUAUGCUCAUAGAAGCAGUAGGCAUUGGCAAAGGGAGGCAUGAUCUAACUGGCAUUGCCAUGGAGCCAGUAAAGCCCAAUAAUACAAUUUCGUUUCGUCCUGAAAUACCAACUGGAAAGGCCUGCUCCUCUCUUACAUCUUCAGACAUUAUCAAGUUUCUGACAGGAAAUUUUAGGUUAAGUAAAGCCCGAUCCGGUGAUCUAUUCUGGGAAGCUGUUUGGCCCAGGCUUUUAGCAAGAGGAUGGCACUCUGAGCAGCCUAAGGAUGAUGGCUUUUCUGGUUCUAAGCAUUCUUUGGUAUUUCUCAUUCCUGGAGUUAAAAAAUUUUCAAGGAGAAGACUUGUCAAAGGUAACCACUAUUUUGAUUCUGUUAGUGAUGUCUUGAACAAAGUUGCAUUAGACCCAGGACUACUUGAGCUUGACAUUGAGGCAGCCAAAGGUGGCCAACAUAAGGAAGAAUGUGGAUGGGACCCACCCUUGAAACAGGACCAAGAUGAUGUGUCAAAUAAACAAUGCCAUCGUUACCUCCAGCCUCGUACCGCUAAUUACAAUCGCCAUGUACAGAAAUUUACAGUUGUGGACACCAGUUUGGCUCAUGGAGCAGAACGACCUAAGGUGAGAGAGCUUAGAAGUUUACCUGCUGAAACUGUUAGUAUAUCUACCUCCUCUAGUCUUUCUACUGAAACUGAAGAAGAUACGUCAGAAGACUCACAAGAGGAAGCAGAAAAAACUCACACCUCAAAUCCAGAGGAGGAUGUGACUGAGAGAAAAACUUGCGUCGACUCAUCAUAUGUUUCAAAUAGUGUUCUAAAUAUUGGCACACAUAUUAACCCUGAUCCCAGCAUUGCAGCUGAGGAAAAUCAUGAAAAUAUAAAAAGGAGUCUAAUUAAUGCCAAGGAGGAAAGGAAGACAAUGAAGUUUCAAUUCAGCCGGAAGGUGAAGUCAGGUUGCUCAAAAUAUUUGGUUCCUAUUGCAAAGCAGCAGGGUCCCAUUGCUUGUGACGUUGGACGGUCGAACUGGAGCACUAAAAAUAUGUCUGCAGACAGGAAGUUAAAUAAAGAUGAGUCACACUACAUGUCAAACUCUCCUGAUGCAUGUGAGGGCCGGAUUCUCCAGGUGGGCCCAACCCAAAUUUUGUCAUCUGCCAGUUCUUUGGCUAAAGACAGUCCAGAUGAUAUCAGUGAAGGAGUUGGUGAGAAUUGCCCAGUUAGAGAAGCAUCUCCAGAGAAAUCUCAAUCCCCCAAGUUAAUUGACUUGAAUGUCCCCCGUGUAUCACCGGAUUUUGUGGUUGAAUCUGUCCUGACAGACAUGGUAAAUAAUGACAGCUCGUCCUUUCUAUCUGGAACAGGCCAGCAACCUGAGCCUUUCACGCUCUGUAACAAUGGGGCUGAUCCACAGCAGCAAUCUUUAGCUAGUAACCGGAGGCAAAGUACAAGGAACCGGCCAUUGACCACAAAGGCAUUGGAAGCCUUAGAAUUAGGAUUUUUCAGCACAAAGAAAAAGAGAAAAGGUGCAGACAUAUCUGAAAGUAAUUUGGUAUCAAGGCCUUCUAGACGAGUUCGCGGAAGGACUGGAAUUAAAGCAACUCCCAAGGAAGGUCCUAUGAAUAAGGUCACGGACUCCACAACAGGAGAGCUUUUGGAUGGUUUCCAUGAUAAUAUAAACAUGAUCAAUGAGUCACAGACUAGAAGAAGAGCAGGAACGCCUACAGAAGUCAGAUGAGUCUUAGAGGGAACAUUGCCUUAACAUCUUGGUGUAAAAGGCAGUUCCUUUUCAAGGGAGGUUCUGCUUGAGAUAUCCAUCCCCAACCUUGUUGGAGGAGCUGGAAAUUGUGAUAAUGAUCUAGCUCGUUGAUCCUCAUCAUACACAGGUAAAUAUACAUAUGUAUGUAACAUAUUUUUUGAAAUUUGUAAAACUUGAAAUGGAAUAAUGGUUUGACAUAUGUAUAUAUGGUCCGAGUUCUUUGCCCCAGGGCAACCCACACCCGGGGAAAGGAAAAAAUAAAGAAAGAUGAGGAAAACCUUCUGUCUGCUGAUCAA